GUAUGUGUGUGUGUGUGUGUGUGUGUGUGCUUGUCUUAUCCAUGCAUUUUUACUGUUUCCCGCCUGUCAUAAGCAUACAUACGCACACACAUACAUACAUACAUACAUACAUACUAUGCGAAUAAAUACGGGAAUUCAAUCAACUUUUAAGGAAAUCGGCGUAUUACGCGUUGUUGCAACAAACUAGAUUGUUGACGUAUGGUUUACCAUAACUUGUUUUAUGUGGUAGCAGCAUCACAACAGCAGCAUCAACAGCAUCAUAUCAUCAAAAGUGAUAGUCUUACGGCAAAGACCGACUGACAGAUACAAUGCAUCAUCAAGUGAAACUGAUGCGAACCUUGCUCGUGCUAACAUUCGGUAUAAGUUUAAGGAUUUCACUUUGUCAUCCUACAGUGAAUGCCGUUCAUAAUCUUGAAGGGAAUGUGUUGCCAAAUGUUGGAAAAGCAUUUUUAAAAACACCAGCCUUAGAGGAAACAAUCGACGAAGUACAAAGAAUAUUGCAUCAAGACCUCACGUUACCACGGCUUACUAGAGGAGAAAUCGAGGAGUUAUACGAGAAAGUCACACGGGAGGAGUUGGAGAAGAGUUUAAAGGCUGGAGAUACUAAGCGGGCCGAAAGUAUGAGAGCGCUUAUGUUAGUGUUGCCGUACAAUACCGAUAAUAACACUGAAGAGAAUUUACAGGAAUUGUUUACUCGACCCCCCGUAACAAAGGUAGUAGAGUCGAACACAUCUCACAGACCCAUACAGUUUAUAACACCAUCACCUAAUAGCGAAAUGAAAAGCGAUAGCGCCGAUAUUGGUAUUUUACAACCAACCACAUAUAAGCCAUCGUUUUCUUUAAAAAUGUUGCCUCCUGCUCCUAGCGCCACAACGUAUCACCCGUACACACCACCCUCGGUAUUAUAUCGUCAUAAGAUUGCUUUAACAGACGGCGACGUGAAGCCUUUCAAACCUAUAAACACAGACAUAACAUCCGUGCAACAUGAAAAUACGGAAACAUUUCAAAACUCAAAGACAAUUCAGCGUUUUAGCAGUCACUACAACGCACAGAAUGCUGAUUUCCUUAAAUUUAACUCGCCAAAACGCAAUCAACCUCAACUCCCAACAUUGACCAUAAAGCCAGUAGCUGAUAUCUUAGGUGAUUUGGGAAUUUUUAGUGAAACUCGCUUGGGUUCAGAUGAAUACUAUAGCGCGGAGAGUGCUCCUAAACCAAUUUAUAGUACAUAUCUGCCAGAAAUGGCAAAUGGAGCUAAUUUAAAAGAUGCUGGGUCUCAGAGCCUGGCUGCUAAAAUAACGCCCGAAGCUUACGCAAUGUUUAAACCUCUAAACAUAGGGGAAGAGAUACGUGUCAAACCAGAAGUGGAAGACUAUUUAACGCGUUUUGGUAUCGUACGCGCACGAAAGCGUAAGGAAAUCGACAAAUUAAAUACUAGAGUCAACGGUACGAAUAGCGAAGAACCGUUCAGCGAAGAAAGUGAGAUUGCUACCCGCAAGGUACCAUCCGCUCAUGUUAAAGGUAGAAAGGAUGUUAAGCUACCUGGAAAUUUACAAUUAGAAAAAUUGCUAGAAAAUCUCAAAGAGCUAGAACGGUUGCGUAUUAAACCUAAAGUAACGCUUAAUGUUGAAUCAACAACUACGGCCACAAGGAUAGCGACGGAAAGUACAACUGAUCCCACCACUUUAGUUACAAAUGAGAAGCCCAAGUUGAUUGAAGCUAAGAAGCCACGACGUCGUAUUGAUCCAAACAUUGAUAUUAAUUUCGGAUCUACUAGUAACCAUCAAGGCGACGAAACGAAUAACUCCGAUCAAUUGUCUAAACUACUAGAAAACCUUCAAGAGCUGCAAAGAUUGCAAAUUAAACCACAAAAUGUUUUACGCAAUAUGGGGCCACUCAAUAAGACUCUUCGCACAUCUGCAACAAGGCCAACAGUUGCAGUCACCUCUGCCCCAACCAAACAAACCAUAAUUGAUCGUUUCAAUGAACCUGUAUUAUCCCCAGAACAGCAACUAUUAUUAGCACAACAACAAUCCAGAAAGUCAGCGUCACAACCUGAUUUGCAGCAGCUACAACGACUUCUACUGCAAAUACAAAAUCAAGAAAAAGCAGAACGUCGGACAUCAACGACGUCAACAUCAUCAACCACUACUACCACUACGACUACAACAACAAAGAAACCGCCGAUAACGCAUUCAUCGCCAUUGAUACCUAACGAUGUGGGGCAGUUAAGAAAACUGCUAAGUAAUGAUCAUGAAUUGGAAAGAUUGUUUGAGCAAGCUAAAAUCAGAGAGAGAGAGAGGCAACAACUGCAACAGAAUUUUAAAAAAAUCAAUACUAUAGUCACAACAACUACAAAAAAGCCAAAGAGCCUUUCUGCGAAAGAUUUGGCUGACCUACAGCGAUACAUUGCUGAAUUCGAGCGACCCAGUAAUAAAGUCAAUACUAUUACAACAGUGAAACCAACAGAUUUUCAAACGGAGACCACCACACCCCGGGCAACUACAACGACUUCCAUUAGUACAAUUACUGCCACUCAAAUGCCACUCAGAAUUUCCAUUCAUUCAACCGAAGUGCCGCAAUGGCCAGCAAGAAAAGAAACAAUCGAUGAAAAGCAAUUUGAAACAUUAAUCAAUCGUAUACAGCAGGUUGAGCAACGUCUAAAUAAUCAAAAAUUAAAACUUCAAAAACCAUUACCUACUGACACGCCUUUGCCUCAACUCUUAGGCUUCACCACACGAAAUGUUAAGGAUUCUGUCGAAACGGCGGCAGAGUUAAAUUUGCCGGUGAAUGAUUUUGCAAAUUUGCGAACGCUGUACAAGCAAGUUCAAGAAGCUGGCAAUAGAGCUUAUUCCUCCGACGUAGAAAUUUCAACAGCAGCCACGUCAGCUAAGAUCCUCCAGCACGAAUCGACAACUAGUAAAAGUCAAAGCUUCGCUCAAAGAAUUAUUGAUAUAACCAACGAUACCGGCACAGGCAGCAAUCUUUCCGAAGCGGAUCCAAGAGAAUUUGUACAAUUACAAAAGCUUUUGAGUAAAAUACAAGAAUUGGAACGUGUGCGGAUUAAUAUACCUACAAUAAAUCCCAUCUCGCGGUCUAAAAUCCAACGAGAAGUUACCACUGCUCAAAGUUUCGCUGCGGCGGCUUCACGACGUAAUGAAAAUGUUCAAAAACCGAACGGGGUGCACCUCGUUUAUCCAAUAAAGGAAAUAAUACAUGAAAAGUCUGAAAAUGUUCAAACGACGAAAGCUAAGCAGACGGAUUCCAUAACUCCUUCUCUAUCCUCUCAAGAGAAUAAGGUAGAACUUAGAGAGAAUAUGGAAGAAAACGAAAGAGAGACAGAUGAAAUACCGUUAGUACACGAAACGGCCGCCAAAGAACCGUCAGAACUUAUUGCUACUAAGAAGCAAGUCUUGAAAAGUACAAAAGAAGAAAUGGAUUCAGUAAGAGAGGUAGAGGGAGCAGAAGCGAAGAAACCUUUGAACGACGUACGCAUCAACAUACAAACGGAAGAAUUAAAAAAUCUAUACUUGGAGGUGCCUAAAGACCUGACUGGGAAAUUGAAAUCAAAACUCGAUGAUAACAGUAUCAAAACCGCAGAAUUAGAUUUUCAACCAGUUGAAGGUGUUAUUAACCCAAACAAGUUAGAUGACAAGAAUGAGGAGCCAAUAAUGGCUACCCCUAGAACGGGGCCCGAUAGCGAAGAUCCAACUGGAAAGACCGCGGUAUUUUCCUUAACGACUAUUAAAUCGUUAACACGAAGGCCAACUAAAUCCACUACAGAAAGUUCAGUUCAACUACCAGUGUUUAGCGCCACUAAAAUUAUCGAAGAUGCUAUUAUAAGGGCAGUCAAUAAGAUCGGAGUUUCAACGGAAUUACCACACAGCUUCAUCGAUAAUAUUAAGCGAAAAGAUAACGAUAUUGAUGACUUAAUAAUGUUCGGGAAAAACGAAAAUGAGGACGUCGGAAUGGAUGACCUAGUUGUUGAAUCGAGUGAAAUUAACAGUCGUAUGACUUUACCUGAAUUUAAUCCUAACGAUACCGUUAAUCAGGACGAAAAUAAGAAAUCAGAUAGUUUCACUGACUUGACAGAAAAUGUACCCGAAUUGAAAAGAUUAAUUAAAAAUCUUAAGGAAUUACAAAAACUAAAUAUAAGUACAAAAGAGAAUUCGCAACAUACUCAUAAAAACACACCUGCAUUUACCCAGUCCGAUUACCAAUAUUUCGAAAAUCUUAAGGAAAUGCAGCCUUCAUUGAAAUAUGAGAACAAAGUGACUGCAAAGAGCCGCCGCCAAAGUCCAACUACUUCUACUGAAUCAAGUAAAUCAAAUGGUAGUAAUCCGAUAAGGAUUGCGUUAACCACAAAUACGCAGUCAGUCGAAACUGAAAGGCCACGUAAUGAUUCCUUAGCCGUUUUGGAGGAAUCGUUUGGCCCUAAUCCCAUUGCCGAAGAGCCGCCCCCGCCUAGAAAAAAGAACGGAUUCUACUUUCUGGCAGAUUGGAACUCGUUCCUAGAAGUCGGAGAUGGUGACGAUCAAGUCGUGGUUCGUCUUAGCCCGAAAAUCGGCGAUCCUCGAUUAUUUUUACCUGUUAAAAUUCCCUGAGAAUUUCAUUUUUCAACGCAUUAUUUAAUGUAUUGCAUUUGUGUAUAUAAAUUGAACACUAAAAUAAGUUUUAGGUUAGGCUAGUAGCAAACGAAAGUAUGUCCUAAUUAGUGAAUAUUGUUAUAAUUAUAUAUUAUUGUAUGUGGUGGUAAGGCCAAAAAUGGCAAGGACAAAAAUCUAACGGAAUUAUAAUAGUUAUUAAUAAAAUAA